AUGGUAAUUGUCAUAAGAUUUGUGAACAAGGAUGGCCAGAUAAUUGAAAGGUUUUUAGCUUUGGCUCAUGUAAAAAAAACUACAUCAGUUUGUUUGAAAGAGGCAAUUGACUCCGUAUUUGCUAAGUUUAAGUUACCUUUGUCGAGAUUGAGAGGCCAAGGAUACGAUGGAGCAUCAAACAUGCGAGGUGAAUGCAAUGGAUUGAAAGCACUAAUUUUAAAGGAAAAUCCAUCAGCUUGGGCUGAUAUGAUUCGAAAAAUUGAGCACGAUAGACUAGUUGAAAUGAUAGAGAAUGGGGAAAUUGGUACUGGUAGAGGCCAAAAUCAAGAAACUUCUUUGAAGAGACCAGGUGAUACUCGAUGGGGAUCUCAUUAUGUCACCGUGAUUCGUCUUGCAAAUAUGUGGCAGUCAGUAACCGAAAUAGAGAAUGUGAAAGAAAGCUUGAGAUCAUUUCGAGAAUUUGGAUGGGAUACUUUCUUGCAAGAAGUGAAUGAUUUUUGUGGGGCAAAUGACAUUUCAAUAACAAACAUGGAUGAUGAUGCUCCAAAGCGGAUUAGUAAGAGAAAUGGUUCAAACAUCAAGAACUACCAUCAUUAUCGCGUUGGAAUAUUUUUUCAGGUCGUCGACUUACUUACACAAGAGAUGGAAAAUCGUUUCUCUGAGGCAUCCACAGACUUGCUAAGUUGUAUGGCAUGCCUCGAUCAAAAAAAUGAUUUCGCUGCUUUUAAUGUUCAUAAGCUUGUUCAUCUUGCUACUCUUUACCCAAAGGACUUCACAUCGACUCAACAUACUGAAUUGUUUAAACAACUUGAAACUUUUGUUGAUGUUGUGAGAAGAGAUGCACGAUUGAAUGGUAUUGAAGAUUUGGCUAGCCUAUCUCAGAAGAUUAUUGAAACCACGAAAGAUAAAGUUUUUCCGUUGGUUUAUCGUCUAAUUGAGUUGGUAUUGAUCUUACCUGUAGCGACUGCAUCUGUUGAAAAAGUAUCUUUAGCAAUGAAAUUUGUCAAGACUGACUUGCGGAAUAAGAUGGGAGAUGAGUGGUUGAAUGACAGUUUGUUUAGUUCUGAGUUUAGUUUCCCGUUCCGAAGGUAG